UGUAAAUUCUAGGCUAUCCACUUUCCAACUAGUCAGUCUGGAAAAAUGGAGUAAUACAAUACCUCUGUGUGCUUUUCUUCAAUUUUCAGCUUUUCUCGUUCGUCGUUAUAAUCUUUGACGAGUUUAUAUUUCAUAAAACGUUUAAAUAAUAAGCAACUCACGUGAGCAGCCGCACAAUUCCCUCGUACUCGUAAAAUCGCAGUGCCCCGUGUCGAACAACAAACCACAUCCAAGAGUUUCUCAAUUUAUACAAACAGACAUUUAAAGUUGUUUCAACAUCCAAAGAUAGCUCUUGCUAAUUUCUUAUUGUCGUCCACAAUAUUCUGUGCUCGUCUCCAUAUUCGCUAAACACUACUACAACGCUAUACUCCAUCGCAUUAGGUCACAUUGUAACCUGAGCGAAUUUUCCAAGUCCGUUAACACUGCCAGAACAGCAAAAGACGCAGGAAUCUGGCCUAAAACUUGGUAUCAACAUAUUAAUUCUGUCCAAUUGGAGCAGAGGCGCGUAUUUAUGUCUCACAAAAUUGAUAACUUUAACCUGAGCAGUACUGCUUCGUAUUUAACGCGACAAUCAGUUCUUUACACGGACAUACGAAGCUUAUAGUGUAAACGAGUGAUACGAUAGAAAUUGGAUGUCAAAAUUUGGAUCUUUCAAGAAUGUCGAAACGAAUGAACACGUCACUUCCAGAAUUCGAGGAUGCGAAGAGAAUGGCACUGACUCCUGCUGACACAUCUCCUCUUAGCCAUGAACGACAAUUGUACCAGUUACCGGACCAGACUGGAGGCGUUUCUACGCCGGAUGUCAGUGCGGCGGGACUGAAUCUGAAUUUUGACUUGCCUGGAAUUCCCUUAAACAUGAAUAAUGACUUUUACAUGAGAGUGAACAAUGGGAUGGAUUUUGGCUUUAGCCAGAACAGCAUCAUUGCGCAUCCUCAGCAUGUAUUGCGUACAUCGUUGAUCCCAACACUCGGCAACUUGAGUGCUGUCAUUCUAUCUAUGUUAGGGAAACCCUUUGAAGAGGCUUCAAUAAUAGUUACCAAUCCGGAUUCAGAAAUGGGUAUUGCCUUCGCAAAAGUAAUGAACAUGUUUAGGACAUUGAAAGAAAUGUACUCAGAGGACUCGUUCAUCUAUCCCGAUGCUAUUAAUAUGAAGACAAAUGCUCAAAAAACAGCUAUUCGAAGGGCCAAUCUUGCUAUUUUCCUUGCAGCCGUAUACGGAGCGCUUCAGAUAGGUUUUUUUCAUUUAAAUGAAAACUUUCUUGAGGUAUUUGCACCUGAUGGCGGCAAGAUUUUGGCAAAUCAGGGUGUCUUAUUUAUGGAACUCAAGACACAGGCAUACAUUUCCGCAAUGGCACAAGCCGAACGAUCAAAAGAAGAAAUUUUGAACGACCUUUUUCCUCCUGAUAUGGCACAACAGUUUCUCCUUCGCCGGAGAGCAAGCUUGACUGACAAAUUGACGUAUGUCGAGAAACAAAUUUUAGAAAAGUGUGCCGCUCGGAAAGAUAGGCUAGCGAAUUAUGAACCUCAAGAAGAUUUGAAUGAGGUGUAUCCUUGGGGCAAGUUUCUAAGCGAAAUUGCUUGCUACAUUCAUAACAACCAUUCCUCAAUUUCAGCCAUUCCCUUAACGCCUCCUAGCUCUUCACGCCGAAAAAAGAAGGGUGUACGAAGUGAUGUCUCAACGGGAACUCCUCAACCUGAAGACACUACUUCAGAAUUGUCCGAUCAAUUGACAUUCAGUGUCGGCAGUAGCUUGGAUGGAACACCGGAGGAGGCUCAAAAUGUCUCGAGUGUCUCAUUGUAUGAACAAGUCCGCCGAAUGGUCGGUUCUUCUGCUCCACGCAAACCAACGAAUCGUCGGAGCUGGACUAAAGAAGAGGAGGAGGCUUUAUUAGAGGGUUUGGACCAGGUGAAGGGACCUAAAUGGAGUCAAAUUCUCGAGCUCUACGGGCCUGGCGGAAAGAAAAGUGAAGUUCUUAAAGAUCGAAACCAAGUCCAACUAAAAGACAAGGCACGUAACAUGAAGCUAUUUUUCCUCAAAAACGGACAGAUGGUUCCUCCACCGCUUCAGUUUGUUACGGGCGAUCUUCGUCGCGAUUAAUGAUCAGGGUGUUGUUAUCUAUUUUUGUUUUAAUUUAAUUUUCCUUUUUUUUGGUUCCUAUAUACAUAUACUUCAUUAAACCGGACGGAAUAUAUAUCAUUAUUUUGCCAGUGGGUAGUAGUGAAGCAAAGAAGUACUGAAAUAAUUACGGUGCGAGCCUUAACAUGAUAAGAACGUUGUGCUUAUUUGCAUGAACUUACUGAUGAUCUUUUGUAGUUGGUAUGAGAAGCCGGAG